CCCCCGCAUUCAACCCCCAGCCGAGGCGUCGUUGAAUGCAUUUUCCAGCUGCGUAGCAAAUCAACUGGUGUUCCGCACGGAAGUGUUUCUGCACUUUCGUUGGCCACAGUCGAGAAAAAAGAUGAACGGAGUGGACUUGGAGGGUGCAACACUUCGCAAUGAAUCGCCAGGAAGUUGUGUGGGUAAGGAAGGAGGAUGCCCGGGUGCCCGGCAAGCUGCCAAUUGUCUAUUCCAAGAGCUACGCAGUGCGCUUCCAUGGCCUUGAACGCCUGCACCCCUUUAACGCGGCCAAGGGCAAGCACAUCCACAAGGCUCUUUGCACCGAACUUUCGCUGGCCGAGGGCAGCUUCUACGAACCGGAGGAGCUCACCAAGCACCAGCUGCGCCGCAUCCACACGCGCGAGUACCUGCGCUCGCUGCGCUGGAGCCUGAACGUGGCCCGCAUCGCCGAGGUGUCGCUGAUGGCGUUCGUUCCCAACAAAUACCUGCAUCAGGGCUAUCUGCGUCCGAUGCGCUUCCAGGCGGCCGGCUCCAUUCUGGCCGGCAAGCUGGCCCUGGACUAUGGCUGGGCCAUCAACUUGGGCGGCGGCUUCCAUCACUGCUGCUCGAACAGGGGCGGCGGCUUCUGUCCCUAUGCGGACAUCUCCCUGCUGAUUGUCCGCCUCUUCGAGCAGGAGCCCUGCCGGGUGCGCCGCAUCAUGAUUGUCGACCUGGACGCCCACCAGGGCAACGGACACGAGCGCGACUUCAACAGCUGGGAGACCGUCUUCAUCCUGGACAUAUACAAUGCCUUCAUCUAUCCCAGAGACCACAUAGCCAAGCUGAGCAUCCGUUGCGGCGUGGAGCUGCAGAACCAGACCGAGGAUGAGGUCUACUUGCGGCAGCUCAGCCGCUGCCUGAUGCAGUCCCUGGCCGACUUCCGGCCCGACGUCGUCAUCUAUAAUGCUGGCACCGAUGUGCUUAAGGGGGAUCCGCUGGGCCACCUGGACAUCAGCGCCGAGGGUGUGAUGGAGAGGGAUCGCUUGGUGUUUAGCACAUUCCGUGCCCUGGGCAUUCCGGUGGUCAUGCUGCUCAGCGGUGGCUACACCAAGGCCUCCGCUCGCGUCAUUGCCGACUCAAUUAUCAAUCUCCGUCAGCACGGAUUACUGGACUAAGGGUAGAACAUUCACUUUAAAGAGAAACUCUAUUAAUAUUUAAAUGUUUUAUGUGUCUGACAUGGAGCUGUGGACUCACCUCAAUGGAAAUGGAACUCUGGCUGAUGGAAACGAGCGCUGUGAAAGGAAACAUGUUGAGUGAUUGCUUAGAAAAUUUAAUACCCCCCAAAAACAAUUUAUACUGCGGCAGAUGGUGGGGUUUC